AGCAAAAAGUCGAGUUUAGCAUUUGUUCCUCCGUUGUAGUGUUUUGGUGAUACAGUGUUUUGUGAGUGGAAUUGUGAACGAGACUGUGACUUUUGUAGAUUUUAAAUUGUUUCACGAUGAGUUCGGGAAAAGAAAACACUAGAAUUUGUUGUGUAUGUGGAUUACAACCUAUUAAGGAUCCCAACAUCACUUUGCAUCGCUUUCCAAGACCUGGCCCUAGGAAUAGUCUACGAAAAAGAAAAGCCAGAUGAGUCCAUCAGUAUGAAACCGGUGCGGUCUACAUUCGCAUACACUGAACCAAAGGAAGAUGUCGAAGAUUAUUCAACUGAAGUUAAUAGUGAAUCGACGGUUUACACUGUAAACGAACAGCAGGAGGGCAAUUUCAUCGUCAGACAACUCAAAACCGAGUUGUUGGCUUGUCGCUGUUGUUUAGCUACGGAAGUUAAAUUGUAUGACUUGGAGAAAGCCAAUUUGAAGGACGCCAUUGAAGAUUUCGUUGGGUGUAAGAUAUCGGAUAGUGAUAAUGAUCGUAUGUUCAUAUGCGCGUGUUGCGCAACGCUGUUGAUGAAGUGUAUAGAGUUCAGGGAGAGAUGUAGACGAGCGGACGCGCUCGUGCAGAAGCUGAGGAGUGUCGACAUGUUGAAGACUAAUUUCGUCAAGUCGAUAGAUCGUCCGUACUACAAUCUAAAUAUGAAUCUGUCAAUAUCCGACCCUAUAUUGAUGGGUAGCGAGGAAUUCGAUGAGGAAAUGACAUCUGAAGGGGUCAACGUGAAGGUAGAAGGAGAGGAAUGUGUAGAGACCGAGAUGGAAGAUGUUCCAAUGGAAAUGAAACAGGAGCAAGUUGAAGAUAAUGUAAUUGAAGAUAAUGUAAUUGAAGAUAAUGUAAUGGAAGAAUCUGAUGGUGUUUUGUACGAAGCCGAUAUGCAAGAAGUCGAUUGUCAAGAAGACGCUGAUGAACAGGAGGAUGAUGAGAAUUGUGAUGAUGUAGACGAUGGAGAGUAUGCAGUAGAAUAUUUAGAUUUCUCACAGUCGAGGAGCAUGUUCAGACCUGAUGUUUAUGAGAAGGAAUACAAUAUGGAGGUAACUUGUUUGACGCCUGAGCAGCAAGAAUUGGAGGUGCAGAGUAGGAAGCUGUCUUCCAACUAUCUGAAGUCGAAUCACAGAUGCGAGUUAUGCGGCAAAGGGUUUCUCUCUGAUGAGAAACUCGUGAACCAUUACAACUCGAUGCAUCACCCCGAUAUCGGUGAUCACGUGUGCGCUUUGUGCACCGCCCGAUUCAACAAUAAGACCAAGCUAUCGUGCCAUAUGUUCAAUCAUAAAUACAGGUUCCAAUGUAAACUCUGCAACUUCAACACAACCCGACGUUGGACAGCCAAAAGUCACCACUUUAUACACCAGGGCAUCCGCUUCGAAUGUGAACAGUGCAGCAAGAUCUUCAACAGGAAGACCUCCUACCUCUCCCACUUGAGGAUCCACCAUCCGAACGAGGAAGUCUGGUGCAGAUACUGCGGCGAAUCGUUCAUCAGCGAUUCCGGAUUGCGGACACACAGACGCCUGAUGCAUACAAACGUUAUAGAGUUCAUAUGUGCUAAGUGCGGUGAAGCUUUCCUCAAUUCUGAAGCGUUGGCUGUGCAUAAUAACGGAGAGUGUUCGGAAUUUCCUUGUGCUCGGUGCGGUGAGAGUUUCAAUGAUGAGAAACUGUCCAAAGUGCAUGUGUUGGCAAGACAUUCCAAGAGUUUAGGUAUAUUGAGGAAAUGUGAGGUGUGCAACAAGUUGUUUAAGAAUCCUAGUGCGCUGAAACGUCACUAUGAAGUGACAUCGGGUGUGUGUUUAGAGUUGAGUCCGUGUCCACAGUGCGGAGACAGUUUUGAAAGUGAGGAGCUACUGCAGAUGCAUGUGAUUGGCAAUCACGAGAAGGUGGAGGUGCCCUGUCAAUCGUGUAAUCGAACGUUCGCGAGCGGCCGCGAAUAUUCCAUACAUUACCAACGCGCUCACGUUCCGAAGAAGAGCCGUCGUCUGACGUCGCUGCGGCGGUGGGGGGUGGUGGUGGGCGAGGAAGGGGUGGUGAUCGCGCCGCAGGGGGAGGACGACCAGAACGCCGCGGCACAGCCGCUGGCGCACGGCGCCGUCGUCUGCGAGAUAUGCGGCAAGACCUGUGCGAAUAUAGUACAUCUGAAGCAUCACCAACGCACCCAUUCCGGCGAGAAGCCAUACGAGUGCACAGUGUGCUGCAAGAGGUUCGCGAUGCCGACACUGCUCAAGGAACAUAUGAGGGUCCACACCGGCGAGCGGCCUCACGUCUGUUCUUACUGCUCUAAAACGUUCAAAUCCAAGUCCGCGGUCAACAGGCACACCCUGACUCACACUGGUGAGAGGAAGCACAUAUGUCAGAUAUGCAACAAGGAUUUCCUGACGUCCUCUGACGUCAAGACACAUAUAAAAACUGUCCACAUGAAGAUAACUGGCCCGCCGAGGAUAAGGCGUCCGAAGAUACAGUCUGCUUGAAGCGAUUUGUAUUGAAAUGUAUUGAAUCGUGGACUAAAAUAUUUUUUUUGUAAGCAGUGCCUAAAUAUAUUUCAAAUUUAGUGCCGU